AUGUCUGACCAACAGAGACCAACACAGGGCGAAGAGGGAGGGUUCGAAGAUGAUGUUGCCGGACCCAUGCUGGUCCAAAAGCUAGAGGUGCGUGCACUGAAUAAGCGCUGCGGUCAUGCUACAUGUUUGCGCGAUGCUUUCAAGGCAGUCGGCUGGAUCACCAUCGAAGCUCUCUGGUGCUCACCUCGACCCUCAUUUGGUGGCCGCAGGAAUUUGGUAUCUCUUCCUCAGACACAAAGAAGCUGGCAGAGGCAGGAUACUACACGGUCGAAAGCAUCGCCUUCACACCUCGCAAGACACUGCUCACUGUAAAAGGCAUCAGCGAAGCGAAGGCCGAUAAGAUCCUUGCAGAGGGUGAGAGAUCCGUCUAAUGGCGUAAGUAUUCAAUGGAUGCGUCGGAGGAAAGCUGACUCUAGGCUCCUAUGCAGCCUCGAAGCUCGUACCGAUGGGCUUUACAACCGCGACGGAGUACCAUCAGAGACGGACGGAGCUCGUAACGAUUACUACAGGCUCGAAGAAUUUGGACAACAUCCUUGGCGGCGGCAUGGAGACUGGCAGCAUCACUGAGCUGUAUGGAGAAUUUAGGACGGGCAAAAGUCAGCUGUGCCACACCCUUGCGGUGACUUGCCAGGUGCGUUUCGAGUGUAUGCAACACUGUGUUCCCACUCAGCUCACAUUGCUUGGCAUUCUUGCAGCUGCCCAUUGAUAUGGGUGGAGGCGAAGGCAAGUGCUUGUUCAUCGAUACGGAGGGCACGUUUGUGAGCUUCUGUGGCCCGUGUCAAGCAUGUAUGCGCCACUGACAAUCAUUAGACGUUCGUCACAGCGUCCUGUACGACUGCUAGCUGUUGCGGAGCGCUUCGGUCUUAAUGGCGAGGAAGUGCUCGACAAUGUGGCUUACGCCAGGGCUUAUAAUGCCGACCACCAGCUGCAAUUGCUGAUCCAAGCAGCGGCAAUGAUGGCCGAGUCUCGUUUCUCCCUUCUUGUGGUCGACUCGCUCACUUCGCUCUACCGCACGGACUUUGCUGGAAGAGGAGAGCUAAGCGCUAGGCAGACCCACCUCGCUCGCUUCUUGAGAGGCUUGAUGCGCCUCGCAGACGAGUUCGGCGUGGCCGUCGUCAUCACCAAUCAAGUGGUAGCGCAGGUCGAUGGAGGACAAUAUGCGGGUGCAGACGCGAAGAAGCCAAUCGGAGGAAAUAUCGUUGCGCAUGCCAGCACUACCCGGUGAGUCUCGGAACGAGAAAUUUCCACAUCAUGACCCUUGGUAUACGCCCCUUCGGAGCCGCACCUUGCUGACAACACCCGCUCCUACAAUCUAGCCUCAACUUCCGCAAAGGUCGAGGCACUCAACGUAUCUGCCGAAUCGCCGAUUCUCCAUGUCUCCCCGAAGCUGACGCGGUGUUCAGCAUCGGUCCAGAGGGAAUCACUGACCCCGUAAGUGACACUGCUAUGAAAGCUCGCGUGAAGAACAACUCGUGGCUGAUCUGUUGCAUUGCAUGCGUCCAGACUGAGUAA